ACAUCGGACCCAUGCCAGGCCCUCCAACGCUGGCCGUACACGCUCAGCGCUCCGCGACGUUGCGCUUUCUGCAUCUGCUGCUGUCCGCAUUCCUGCACUAUACGCACUGCAGCUUCUGCUGGCCCGGCUCGGCAUGUCGUAGCGAUUGAUCCUCCGCAAUCCGCUUUGUGCCCUCCCUAUGCCUCGGCCACCCGCGCGCCCCAGACUUGCGCCCCGAACAUGUCGUCCUCGCCGCGGCGGUCCUCGCAGGAGAGCUUCGAGUUCCUGUCGCCCAACAUCUCCCAGGCCCAGUUCCCCUUCCCCGCGCCGCCAGAAUGGACCCACCGCCCCAACUCGACCGGCGGCGCCCGCUAUCAGCCACGUCGCGGGUCCACGUCGAGCUCGAUACACUCGGUGGGAGGAGCGCUGGAUACGGCAUUCAAAGGAAGCAUGGGACCGCUGAGGGAGCAGCAGAACAACAAUGCCAUAUCCACGCUGCUCCAACCCCCCAUCGUGCGCACCGGCAUGCUGCCGCAUACCGCCCAGACCGCAAUGUCCGGCAGCCAUCGUCCACCGUCGACCAAGGACAUACCGCCCGUGACCCUAGCAAACAUACCCCACGUCGAAGCGUCCGCUUUCAACCCCUACCUGUCGCAGAUUGGCAAUCUGUACGAAGCCUUCCAGCGCGCAAAAGCCGAGGCGGAUGAUGCGGCAGCGAUACUACGAAAGGACUCGGUCAAGAAGGACGACCUCUCCGAUGCCGUCGAGCGUGGCAUGCGCGCAGGCUCCCCGGCCGCCACCCCAAAGCUCUCCUCUUCCGCCUUCUCGCCCUCCUCGUCGCCGAAACCGAAACGCCGCACCAGUGGCUCGAAACGCGCGCUGCCCACCAUCACGCCACUGUCCACCAUUCCCAAUGUCUAUUUCGACGAAAACUUCCGCCUGGAAAACCCUCGCACCUUCGAUGUCGUCAGCGAAAGGUCUGAAGUCGUCAGGCCGGUGCGGACCAAGAGCGGAGACGACCUCAACGAUGCCAAUGGUUCGUUUGAAGCACCUCAACCGCCCGGCCGCAAGGCGCUUGCCACCAAUGCGAUAUUGCAGGAGAAGCUGUCGUGGUACAUGGAUACGGUGGAAGUGCACCUUAUAUCGUCAAUAUCCACGGCCUCAACCUCAUUCUUUGCGGCUCUGGGUUCGCUGAGAGAGCUCCAGUCGGAGGCCUCUGAGUCUGUGGAGAGGAUCAAAACUGUUCGGAGCGAUCUGAAGCGGCUGGACGAUCAGAUGGCCAUAGGCGGUCUAAAGAUUGUAGACAUGAAGCGCCGGCGAGAGAAUCUCAGGAAGCUUACCCACGCCACCGACCAGCUGCAAGCUGUAAUCACUGGCCUGUCUGUAUGCGAUGAGACCGUCGACAAGGGGGCACUCGAAUCAGCCAUGACUCGCUUGGAAACCAUCGAAAGGUUGAUUUGCGGUACCCUCGACACAACUGAUACCUCCGCUACUUCUUGGAUGCAACCACCGUGUCCUCCUAGUAUCGUCGAUCUUCGUACCUUACGAGCUCUUGAUGGAGUGUCCGAGGGCAUAAAUCAACUACGAUUCCGCAUCGGCAAGGGGUUCGAACAGCGUUUCGUGGACACCCUUCGUAACGAUCUACGUGAGCACGUGAAGCGCACGCCCAGUCGCGAUACCCUGCAAAGAUGGGCAGCAACAUCGCAACGUGGCCGUGGGGAUCAUCAGCGGUUGAAGUCAUCAUUGCCCGCAUAUCUUACCACAAGCAACCAGUUCCGCUCAGAUUUACGUGCAGAUCUUGUUGGUCUGAGUGGUUCCAAUUUUACCAACCAAGCCAGUGCGACCUUCCGAGACGCUAUCGUGCGCGAAAUGAAGUUGGUGAUUCGACAAUAUCUGCCCAGUUCUACUGAUGAUGAUGCCGAGUCCAUGACCUCAGUCUCCACGCGCGGUGGUCGGGGUUACAGUCAGCAGGACAAGAAUUCGAUUCUCGCGCGGAAUCUACGCGCUAUGGAUCCAGCCGAUGCAGAAGAAUUCUUCACUGGUAUCUUCACCGACAUCGGCGAAGCUUUGCGACGAUUGAGUGUGCAAGUUAAAGUGCUUCUUGAUGUUACGAGUGGCGUCAGUACGCCACCAGCAUCCAGUGGAGGUCUUCGUUCACCUCCGCGAAGUCCGUACAUGAGCAGUAUUGACGGCGCAAUGGGAGCUGUCCCGAAUCCCAUGGAUAUGACCGGACUACAAGAGGAGUUGAUGCAAGCACUAGACAUGUCUAGUCUGCUUGGACAAGCUGUAGAUGCUGCUCAGACACAAGUCACUAAAUUAUUGAAGGUCCGAGCUGAGGUCACAAGCAACCUACCAUUGAACCGGUUCCUCCGCUACUUCAACCUUUGUCGAUUAUUCGCCGAUGAAUGCGAAGCUGUAUCUGGCCGGUCUGGUGCAGCUCUGAAAGGCGUGGUAAACAACCACAUCACCGACUUCGUGUCCAAGUUUGGGGACAAUGAGAAGCAGGCACUGGCGAAAGCUAUGGACUCCGAUCGAUGGGAACCAAAAGACUUCGAUGAACGCGACAAAGAGGUGUUGGCACGAAUUCUGAAAGGCAUGGAAUCCGACCCCACUGAAUGGAAAGAAGCAGGUUCCAUACUUGGCGAGGUUGGAGAUGACAGCCCCACGAACGGAACUGCUCACACCAACGGUGCUCUAACAGAGAAAGAAAAGAAGUCGCCAGCACCGGCGUAUGUCGACGAAGAAAAGUACAUCGUAUCGAACUCUUCUGCUGUCGUCAUCCGCGGUAUUGAACGCUUCGAAACUCUCCUCACUGCCAUGCCCAAUAUGACCUCCGAAAUAUCCGCGGUCCUUUGCGAUUACAUCAAGCUGUUCAAUUCUCGACUUUGUCAGCUCAUCCUGGGCGCUGGGGCGAUGCAUAGUGCUGGGCUCAAAAACAUCAACACCAAACACCUCGCUAUUGCCUCACAAACCCUGUCAUUUAUCAUAGCGCUCCUGCCAUAUCUCCGUGAAUGCGCCCGUCGCCACGCAACAGCAAACAAGACCGCCUUGGCCGAGUUUGACAAUGUGAAGCGUCUACUACAUGACCAACAACAGUCCAUACACGAGAAACUCAUUGACAUCAUGAGUAAUCGUGCAACUGUGCACGUGCGUAAUCUUAGAAAGAUCGAGUGGGACGCCGAAGCAGAGACGAAGAAAGAGGUCAGCCCGAACAUGGAGACGCUUACUAAAGAGACGGUCACACUGCAUAAGGUGAUCAACAAGUAUUUGCACGAGAUCCAAGUCAGGAUGAUCAUGGCACCUGUGUUCGAGAGUUAUCGCGACCAACUCGGCAAGGUUUUCAAGGACGCCGCGGUCAAAACGGACCUUGGAAAACAAAGAAUCCUCCGUGACGCGAAACUCUUCGAUGCGAAACUUGGACAGAUCGAUGGUGCCGGUAAUACCGGCACGUACCUCAUUCAGCUUGUUGAAGGGAAAGUCGUCGCGCCGACUGAGCAUGAAGCCAAUAAGGCUGAGGAAACGAAGAAAGAGGAACCAGAGACCGUCCCAGAGAAGGCCAGCGAACCGACAACGUGAGGGUAGUCCAAUGAGUGUAGAAGUGCACGUCUCGCAGCGCCAGCGUACAAUCACGGAGUGACAACGUUGGUUUUGUCUGCUCAUGAAUGAAGCGAAGCAGGUGAGCUUCGGGCCGAGACGAUGCAUCGGGAGAUGGGGAGGCUUGUCGUUUGUAAAUGUAUGUAUAGUGCAUCAUGCAUGGCGAUGGCGUUGGGGCGCACAAACGGUGAUAAAGAGCGUUCACGUGCACUCAUGCAGCUGAAGACCAUUCGAGCAAAUCUACCGCAGCCGCAUAG